AUGGCUGGUAAAUUUCGUGUAAGGGUGAGUGCAAGUAAGCUGAAGAAACACAUCCGAAAGGGGGCGAGUAGUGAAAGUAAUCCGUCAACGUGUCGUCAUCGCAUAGAAGCACGUAAUGCUCGAACAGUUGCGAAUACUGCAAUGGUGGCUAUUGAUGAUGUUCCAGUUAACGACACUCUCUUGCAGCUACCGCUGGAAGAUAUGCACAUAGGAGGAGAUAGUAGCAGCGAAAAUGGUGAAAGUGAAUUCUUAAAUGCCAAUAAGAGCAUGAUAUCAGAAGGAUGCUUCUCAGCAUUCACAGCAUGCACGAAUCCCACAUUCGACGCAGUACAUAGAGUAUGGAAGUCUGGUUCAACAAUGCAAAAUGAUGUGGUAGCAGUAUUGGCGGCAGUUGCUGAAUUAAUCAAGGAGAAGGGUGGUGAUGAAACAGAUGUGGAAUAUUUUGGAGCAUUAUUAAGUACACUCGAAAGCACUCCGCCCGAUGAAUGUCAAAAGAUUGCUGCGACUGCAUAUCUUCUGAAUCUCAUCAUGAAGAAGAUUAACAAAGAUAUUCUUCAGAAAUAUUUUUCCCGUGCUAUCCAGAUUCUAUACAACAAACUCAGUGAGCAUGCCGAUAGUGACAAUGCUACCUUAUUAAAGAAUCUCAUCGCUUCAAUCGGUACACUACUUCGUGCACAGUCGAUCGUUGCCAUACAGAAUACAAGUACAAAAAUGAUAUUAGCUAGUUUGGCGACUUUAUCCUCGCAUGACAAACCAUGGGUACGUACAAUGUCACGUCGUGCACUGCGUGCAGUACUCACCGAUCCAGUCACGUCUCAUUCAAAUGGUGUUCAUCCAGCUGCAGCACAUGUUGGAGAGCUGGCUAUCUCUUUAUUACAACAAUACAAUGGAAAAGGUGCUAGCAGUGUUGUACCGACGCGUAUUCUUUGCUUAUUGGAAGGUGUAAUGCAUAAAAUGGCUAGUUCAGUGUUUAGAAGACUUGCUGAAACGAUUCUUCGUUUAAUGGCAUGUGCGGAUGGCACGGUAAAGUGUGCUGCAAUGCAGUGCCUUUAUCGUGUCAUGCAAAGGCAGCCUUGUGACGCAGCACUUCCAGUUGAUACAAACGUUCAGCUUAUUCUUGCCAUUCGAGAUUUUGUGCCACCAACCUCAGAUGUUGCUGUUACUGCUUAUUGGAUGCAGGCACUUGGUGAGGCACAUGUGUGUUUGACAGCCAAAGAUCCAGCUGAAAGCAUUCGCUUAUUACCACGAACAUUUGAGAUGUUUGUUUGUUUGUUCGACCUCAGCGUAAAAACGCUUGCACAGGUGACGAUGAUGGUGCUGAGACGUUUAUUGGAACGUUGUGUGCAGAAACAUGCGACUGCAGCAUCAUACUGCGUCGAUCUUUUGGAAAAAGCACUAAAUGUACGCAGUGUUGCUGUAUGGUCGAAUGUUCUAUCAACUCAGAUGAAAGCCUUCGAAGAGUGUGCUGAUGCAAUUCAAACGGAGACACUCAAUAGAACGUUGAACACACUUGCAAAGCUUAGAGAAUCCCAAGAUUGCUUCUGCAAAGGUGAUCUUGAUCUGGCAGUUGGUGCUGCGAUUCGUUACGUCGGAUUGGACCGGGUACUGCAUGCGAUUCCAUUAGACAUUGAUCCGGAUGUGUCUUCAUCUGUGGUUGAUUUCAAAAGAUCGUGGCUUUUACCGGUGAUGCGAGUUAAUAUUCACAAUGCGUCGCUGUCUAUUUUCGUGCGUUUCUUCCUGCCUUUAGCCAUCAAAUUACACAAGAAGACAGCAACCCUCGAUACUGUUACUGCUAAGAUUGUCACAACCUUGCAGCAUCAAAUCUGGGAGCUUCUACCAGUUUUCUUGAAUUCGGCAGUCGAAUUCGAGAAAUAUUUCCCAGAGCUGGCACCGAUCCUCGGUUCAGCCUUAACGGAACGUGCUGAUUUGCGGAUGAUCGUGCUUUCAUCCAUUCGUAACGCAGUUCGAUUCGCUCAACAGCCAGAUGCGCCGCCUGAACGAAUGGAAGUGAUGCAGCGCUAUGCGAAGAAUUACUUACCGAUUCUGUUCAAUAUGUACACGUUGGAGAAUAAAGCCGACGAUCAUACUGGAAGAGCUGUCCAUUUAGCCACUUUAGAGACGAUUCGGAUCUACGUGGAACUCACUUCACCCGCACUGAUUGAACGCUAUAUCCGAUCAGCCGUAGAGAAGGCACACAACGGUGAUAAUUCACUGAUGAAAAAGCUGCAUAUAUUAGAUGUGCUUGGAGCGUUAGCGAAACGCGCAAAUGCUGAAGGAUUAAGUAAGAUCUUCGAUGCGGUUCACGAAUGGUUCUUCACCGAGGAGGCAUCUCUGCAGAAGAAGGCAUUCCGUAAUCUUGAAGAAAUUAUGAAACGAAAUGGCGAACCGGAUGUGCAGGAAUUCUUCAUCGCAUAUGGUGACGAAAUAUCCAAUAUUCUCAACGAAGAUUGUGUGAGUAGGGUAGCUCGAAGUGCAAGAGCGUCGUUGAUAUCCAUUCUGCACUUGCGAUUACAACAGCUUUCAACAUUUGAUGCAGUGAAGCGUUUCACAACUGAAACGUUCGCACAAGUGGUGAUUUGUCUGGAUAAAACGCACAAUACACAUACGAGAACGAACGCCUUCAGAUGCCUCAGUGAUGUUUGUCAACGUCUUCUCUCAUUCAGUGCUGACUCCGAUGAUAACUUGUCAUCUUCACUUGAACUGGUUUUGAAUUUGAUUUACGAAUUGGCCACUUCGAAAGCAUUGACUGAUCCCACUGAAGUGCCAUUGAAUAUUGCACAAUCAACAAUGGUAGCGCUGAAUAUGAUAGCACAAAAGUAUGUUCGUAAAUUGAAUGCGGCACUGUUGAAUCGCUUAUUGAUGCAUGCGUGCAGCUGUAUACGUGACCGGCGGCCAGUUAUACGUGUCUUGGUCGUUCGUCUCAUUCGAGUGUUAACACACAAACUUCCCGAUUACGUCCUUCAACAGUACAAAGAGUUGAUUAUUGAAGCUGUAUUUGAAAAUCAGUUGACUGCAGAUGUAACGCAAAAAGUGCGAAAAGCAAACCGUCUACUGCUCGAAGAAAUGGUGGAUAAAUUUGGAGUUGAAACAUUAAUGAAAAGUACUGAUAAAUCAGAUUGGUUGAAGCAACUAAAGGCCAUCGAAAAAAUUCGUCGUCGUCGUGAACGUCGAGCUGAGGCAUUGUUGACAGACGCAAACACAGUGGAGUCAGAAGUUGAGGAUGAUGAGGACACGCGUUCGUUGUCAUCGAAGAGUGCGCGAACUGCUGGUGCGGAUACGAUUCUCGACAUGCUUAUUGACAGUGACCAAGAAAGUGACAGCGGUGUGGAUUCGGAUAAAGAAGAACGUAAAUCUCGUUCUGGACGCUCUAGCACAGUAUGGUUACGGGAAGGUGACGAUGAAGACAUGGUUGACCUGCUGGACAGGGAAACUAUGAUUGGUAAAGUGACCACUGUUAAACCGUCUCAGCAAACUAAUAAAACAGUCAGCGGUGGGAAAGGGUUAAUGUUGUCGAAUGGGAAGAAGGCAGAAGAUGGUUUCAAAUUAUCGAAGGAUGGUAAGUUGAUUAUACAAGAUAUUGACGCGUUGUCGAGUGGACGUAAAAGAAGGCAGCAUGAUGACGUUAUGAAUAUGGUUGAGAGUAGCUUGAACGAAACCAAGAAGAAACGAACGGUGCAUGACGCUGAAAGCGAGGAUGAUGAUGAGAAGAGUGGAACGAGUGAUGAUAAUAUUGAGAAUGCGAGUGCGGCUAAUAGUCGUUGGAAGCCGGGAGGAAUGGGAAUUCAUCGUGAUACACGUUUUGAAGUAGGUAAGACUGGUGGUGAUGUUAGAAAGAAGGGCGAGAAAUUCGAACCAUAUGCUUAUAUACCGCUUCGAAAACAAAAAGGAGCAGCGACCAAAAUGCAUAAAUUGAUUGCGGGAGCGAGAAAAGGUGCCUCGAAAGGGUUGAAGAGCAAAAGGAGACGUGUGGGCAAGGCUGAUAUGUUAUCAUGA